AAGCGAAUAAAAAUUGAAAAAGCAAGGGGAUUACUAUAGACAUAGUAACAGUAUAGGAUUUGGUGCGUUAAAUCCACAGUGGUUAAAUCAUGUAAAUAUUGAAAUUUGUGGGGAUAUAGAUUGCGCAAUCUGCUCACUCAUUACGAGUCGGAGUGCCUAGGCCUUAGGACCCUAGGUGGUGGUUUAAAAGGAGAAAGGAACACACACACACAACCCAAGCCCUACAUCCAUCCAAAGCUUGAAUAUCCCAACGCGUUUCAAGUAUUGCAAUGGCUUGGAAUUUCGGCAACAAUUGCCUGGUCGCUGCAGUCGCUCUAACAUUUCUCAUAUUGCUGUGGAAGGCGGUGAAUUACCUAUUCAGUAAAUCAGACAUUCCAAGCCCUAAAGGAGAUUGGUUUAUAAUCGGGCAUCUGUUUGAAAUUAGGAAAAGCAAAGACAUGAUGCAAACUUUCGACGAAUGGGUGAAAACCUAUGGACCGAUAGUUCAAUUUCGACCACUGGGGAUAUUUGGCAAAACAAUCUACCUAAUUAGUGACGCUGAUGCCCUAAAACAAAUUUUGGUAUCGAAGUCAUUCAAAUACGGAAAAACAAGACUACUUCGUAGGCCUUUGGUAUCAACAAAAAACGUGUUCGCUGCAAAUGGGAAGGAACAUUCCAGAAUGAGAAAAAUGAUCAAUCCCGCAUUCAAAGUGAGCAACUUGAAAUCUAUGGUUGCCAUUUUUCAGGAAAAGGCCAAUACACUUGUAGAGUAUUGGAACGGCACAAUAGAAGCGACAAAGAGUGGUAAUGAUAGCAAAGAAAGUCGCUUGCCCGUGCAAAACGAUUUGUCGCGUAUGGCAUUGGACGCAUUAGGUGAAUGUGUAUUUGGCUAUGAUUUUGAUACUAUGGACGGUGACACCGCAUUAUCAAGUGCAUUUACUGAUCUGUUGCAUGGUGUAAAUCCCGGUGUGAUUACAUUUAUGCAACUACUACGUAACUACUUACCGUUCCUUAUAUGGUAUAGUCAAACGUACAAAAGACGUCAGCGAGGCAAGGAAAUUGUCUCAAAAUUUCUGAAACAGGUGAUCGCAGAUAAGCUUGAUACGAAAACAGACAAGGACACCGCACAAAAGGACCUGCUAGAUCUUCUUCUUGAAGCUGUUGAUGACGAAACAGGCAAAGGUAUGGAUGAGGAGGAAUUAUUUGCACAAGUGUUCGUGUUUCUAGUCGCCGGGCACGAAACAAGCGCAGUCGCUAUGUCAUGGUUACUUUUUUUUCUUGCCCAAUACCCUGAGGUGCAAAAAAGGCUUCGCCAGGAAGUUGAAGUUACAUUGAAUGAGAAAGAAGAGUGCUGGGAAACCUACGAAUCCAUGGAGUACCUUACUGCUGUAGUGAACGAAUCAUUGCGUCUUCGACCAUCCGCAUCGGUGUUCUCUAGAAGAGUAAUGAAGGAGGACAACAUCUUGGGAUAUAACAUACCUGCUGAUUCAAUGAUUGUUGUACCAAUCUACGCCCUCCAUCGUAAACCUGAAUAUUGGUCGGAUCCAGAAACUUUCAAUCCGGAGAGAUUUUUGGAACAAAAUAGGCAAAAUAAUCCCAACCAUCGUUAUGCAUUCAUGCCAUUUUCCGCUGGUCCUCGAAUCUGCGUUGGCUAUAGAUUUGCUUUGAUGGAAAUUAAAGUUGUACUUUCUGCUUUAAUCAGAAAAUUUUCAUUUUCAAUGAUUCCUGGAAUGUCGUUUGGAGGCUCGAUGUCUGUAACUUAUAAACCUGAGCCCAAUAUGGAACUUUUGGUGCGAAAGAUUACAGAGUAAGAGAAGUUCAAGGGUAAAUAACCUUUUGAUGUUGUUUGGGAAUAUGUAUCCUCCUAUAUAUGCGUCACUCUUUGGCAUUAUUAAUUAUAUUUUGAUAUUAUACACAUUUUUGGGUAGAGCAAAGAUGAUAAUGAGCGUAACAUCAACGUUGAAUUAACUUAAUUUUAUUAAUUUUCACUGAUCACUAAAGGAUUGGAAGAAUACUUUUAAAAAUAAUUACCUGAAAAAGGUUAAUCAAUAGUGGUCAAUAGCUACGAUCGUUUAUGUUCAAGACAAAAUUUCAAGACUUUUAUUUGUGGUAGAUAAAUGUAGCACUGUUCAGUUGUGUCCUAUUUUUACUGUGUAUAAAACUGAUAUUUUUAAAUUUUAAAACUUUUGAAAUAAUCUUUUUCACUUGGAUCAUCGUGAAAAUAUACGAAAAAUUGACUCGUAAAAUUGAUUAAGAGAGAAUGUAAAAGAUGCCUUCGGAUAGAAAAACUUUUAUUCAAAUGGAUGGUAUAAAGAGUGGUUUUAGAGUGUUUUUGAACAGAUAAAUAGGUAGAUAAUAAGGGGUUUUGCAUGUCUAGAGAAGUCUAGUAUUACCCAGGCUACGGUAGUAACCAUUUCCCAAUCGAGCAGGGUACUGGGUCUAGUCGCGAACCGCAAAGCAUCUAUGGACUGUUGGGAGGGACAAAUGUAAUAAUUGGUAAUCAAUGGUUCUCCAAACGGUACAUACAUGCUUUGCGGUUCGCGACUAGACCCAUUACCCUGCUCGAUUGGGAAAUGGCUAAUAGACGUGCGGCAGCACUUUUACAAACGUUUUGUCACUAUACACGGUUUUAAUUUACUCGACACAAGGAACGGGUGUAUAUACCCGAUGUGUCAAAUAAAAUUACUCCUGGUUGAUUAACGAUAACUUUUACAGGUUAUCACAUGCAGGGGUGAGGCGUUUUCAGUAUCAUUUGUAGCUUUCAAAUUCUCAAUAAUAUCCAUGAUACUUAUGUUCAGGCUUCAGAGACCUAUAUCGAGUUUUAUUAUUUAUUUUACCUGUUAGUGCCCAAACGCCAUUGCGAGAAUCUAAUCUGAUUAUCUGAUUAUCGAUCAGCAUUUUAAUUAAUUUUUACAAUUAUCCGGAAAAGGCGAUGUCAAUGACAGAUGUCUUUAUUCAGUGACAACCAUAUCUUUCAAUCCGCGGAUAUAUUUUUGAUCCGAGUA